CAACACUUCAAAGUUAUUGGCAUUUGUUAUGCGAUUUGGUGGCAAGCUUUCCCCAAGAUCACAUCGCCUUGAAGAAGUCAGUGCAUAGAGUUUGAUAAUGCCCAACCAAGCUUUGGAGACAGUCGGAUCUGGCUCAAAGACAACAACCAUACGAUCGCAAUGGAACUCUAGACGUUCUCGACUCAAAUUGUGAAAUCUUUCGUUAUGCGCCCCAGUCCUUGGAUACGAAUGGCUAAGAAGAGGUGAACGUCAUUUUCAACCUGCCAUUCCUUCAAAGUUGGCUAUGUAACCUCACGUCCCCGCAUUUCACGACUCAAACAUAUGGCUUCGGAGGCAAUUCCGCGUGGUGCCGACGAUCACUUCAAAUCCAGAGCCUCCUCCGAAGUUCUGUAUGGCCCCCUUGAGAUUCGAAAUUUUCAACCAUUCGGGGCCUUUUUCUGUUCCCCAAAAUGUGGUUCCUGGCUAGUGCUGGCCCACUUCAAGAUCAAACCUGUCCACAUCUGUUGAGAUCAUCCCAAGUCAGGAACGCGGCACGUUCCCCAACGACCCUGAUGCUGUACAGUAGAAGUUGUGGAGACUGUGCUUGUGGAAACCAAUUGCUGCUUUUCUCCUUUUUCCGUCUGGAAGUUUCACGAUUGGAAGAGACUCCCAAAGUUCCCCACUUUGUCAGUUCAAUUGAGGGAUGGAUAUCCACUUGUAGAAAUCUAGAUACAGGUCGAUCGUGGCAAGGACCAAUCUCUUACGACUGAACAGUGAGGGGCUGUCACUCUUUAUUACUCGUACUCUCCCUUCAUCUGAUCUUGUAUCUUUUCAUUCAAUAAACUCUCUUUUUCGGUCCUGGUUGAAAAUCUAGUUCUCGGCGUUCUGACAUUUACAUAUACACUCUGCUCGCUUGCGUCAAGUCGAGAUCCAGGCAUCAUGGCGGAAAACAGAGGACCACAAGUCCAGGGCGUCGCGAUCCUCUUCAUGAUUCUAGCAUGGACAUUCGUUGGGUUGAGAUGCUAUGUGAGGGCAGUUAUGAUCAAAGGGUUUGGAAUGGAUGACUGGCUAGCCGUGAUCUCACUGGUAUGUCUUCUAUGUCGUCUGGAUUUUAGCGAAUUUUGCUGCUAUCGUACGGUUUGAAAUUUGAUCCGAGUGGGCAAUAAACUUUUUGAUCUGCCCUACGCCGAUGAUGUUGCGAAUGUCUUGACCAGUUACCCGGCCCUCGGAAUCUGGCCCACAUAACUGACUUUUAACCCUAACACAGAUCUUCUUCACCAUUUAUUGCACGUUUGUAUCUUUGGGAGUAGGUUUUGCAUUCGAAGAAAUUCCGUGUAGUGUAUUGUGCUAAUAACAAAACAGGUCAGUAAAGGAACAGGACAACAUUUGGUCGACCUGCCGCCAGAAAAUAUUCCCAUCGCUGUAAAGGCAAGUCCCACGCCCAUUUCUCUCGUACCGAACAUAUCCUCAUCUCAAAAUAGUGGUGGUGGUGUUGCGAGCUUUCCUAUGUCGCAUCAACAGCUUUCCUCAAAGUUUCUAUCGCGAUUUUCCUAGCGAGAAUAUGUGUGGCUAAGCCUCAACGUAUUGCAAUAUGGGUGGUAGGUGUAUCAACUGCAUUGUACAGUAUCUUUUACUUUUUUGUGAUUGUCUUUCAGUGUAACCCGGCACCAUACUUUUGGACCCAAUACCUUGGGGCCCAGGGGACAUGCCUUCCUUCCAGCUGGAUCACAAUAACCACGUACACACAUGGAGCCGUUUCUGUCGUGUCUGAUGUUAGUAGAAUUAUUUUCCAACCCCUUUAAGGAGGCAAAUUUAUUGCUCAAGGAAACUAACUUGAUGUAGUGGACAUUGGGCAUCCUCCCAGUCUUCCUCCUCUGGGACCUCCAAAUGAAUGUUAGAACCAAAAUCAUGGUUGGAUUGAUUCUAAGUUUGGGUGCUGUGUAAGCAAGGAACAUUCCAUUCAGAUAUCAAAAGCUAACACUUUAUAGUGGUUCAGUUUCAACAAUCGUUCGAUUGCCAUACAUCCAACAACUAGGGCUCAAGGACUUUUUAUACGCAACCACUGACGUGUAAGCCUUCAAUAUCCCUUGAUUGUCACCAAUCCAAGUUUUCACUCCCUCAUACAUAACGAUACUUGAAGUAAGAACUAUACUAACGGGCCUUUUCUACAGAGCAAUCUGGUCAACAGUUGAACCGGGGAUAGGCUUAACCGCCUCUUCCAUGGCCACUCUCCGCCCCCUGUUCGCCGACUUUUUCUCCCGCAGCAAACUCUUUGGAGGCACAACACCUGCUGGCACCCUAGGACGAACUACAGGGCAGUGGGCGGGAAAACCUCGCGAACAUCAACACAUCCACAGUGGUUCCACGACCGGCCUGACAAGCAGUAGCAAAGACGAUGACGACGUAGAACUAGGCUACAAGCUUCGCAGCGAUAUCAAAGACUCUAAGAAUUUGGGCAUGACAACCACCGUGAUCGCCAGUCGAGAAGAUGCGGAACUAAAGAGAGACAAAAGUGGCAAUAAAAGAUGGACUAAGAGUGCUUCGAGUCGAGCCAGCGAGGAGAAUGGACGACUUGGGAGCAGGGGUGGCUUAAGCGAUAAUAUGUUGGAACCGGUUCCUACUAAUAAUAUGCCCGGUCAGGGAUGGGGUAUUACUAAGACCAUGAGUGUACGAAUUGGUGAUGAGAGAAACGGGAGUUCAAAAAGUGGAAGGGGCGGGGGCUUCAUGUAG